AUGUUCCAUGGUUCCCUCGGUUCCCCUCUCCUAUCCCAAUCACCAAUUUUCCAGGUUGAGGUGAUUCCCAGGGACCAAAAAACAGGCUUUCCAGGCUGCAAAGCAAUCCCCGCCCAGUGCCCACUUGGCUUCCCUAAGGUUCCCGUCUUCUUACCGCCCGCCGCCGCCGCCGCCUCUCGCCCUUCCGCACUCCGCUGCCUUGCCUUGCCUUCCAUUGCCUUGUGUUCACCUUGCUCACCUGAACUGUCACCUAAUUAUCCGGCAGGUCUGGAUCGCUUACCUGCAUCCGUAAUUAUUGCCCUGCCUGCUUACCUCACGGCGACAUCCAGGCAUCUUCAACCAACAACGGCCAAGCGCUCCCGCUGCAUUUCCACCCGCCCUGCCGCCCCCGGUCAGCCCAGCAUCCAAACAUCCAAACAUUCAACCCGCCGUUCAACAUCAUCCAACCAACCCUUCCUUUCCCCAAUCCAACUCUCCAUCUCAAUCCCAAAAUCUCAAUCCAACCAUUUUCCCACCCCAUACCCUGUCCCAUCUCCUCUUCUCUUUGCCUGUUCUGCUGUUGCAUCGACACUCGCAGCUUUCAAGCCGCACCCAUUCCUUGCUUUAUUUUCUGGAUGCGACACAACUAAGACAACAGUCUACACUACCAUUGCAUCACCACCAAUACGUAACCACGCCCAUCAAAGGAACCCUAGCCGCCUUGCAUCACGUCGCCCACAGACUUCCCUGGAUAUCAGUCCGCCCAUAGUCUCACUUGCCUCUCUCUCCCGCUGCAUACUCUCGGCCAGGAAGACGACGACGACCACCACCACCACCGCAAAGCAUUCCAGAGAAGCCAAUCGACCGUAG